UUCAUAUCAAGUUAUACACUCGUCAAGAAUUAAGCCUGAUAUUCUUCAAAGGGUUUUUGCUUGAGAAAAGAGUUAUGAAGACAUCUUCAAGAAAGAGAGAUUCAAGUUUCUUAGAGCAACUGAUUCUCUACGUCGCAGGCGCUGCAUUGGCUAGCUUGUCUCUAUACGUCUGUGCCCGUCACUCCGACCCGAACCGUGACGCUUCUGACAAGGCCCUCAAGCGUAAGAGAGAAAUCGCCAAGCGUCUCGGUCGUCCUCUUAUCCAGACCAAUCAAUACGAGGAUGUAAUAGCUGGUGAUGUAAUAAACUCACGAAAGAUAGACGUGGAGUUUGAUUCUAUUGGAGGGUUAGAGUCAAAGAAGCAGUCUCUGUACGAGCUUGUGAUUCUACCGCUGAAAAGACCUGAGCUUUUCGCUUAUGGGAAGUUGCUUGGCCCUCAAAAGGGUGUGUUGCUGUAUGGUCCUCCUGGAACCGGGAAGACCAUGCUUGCUAAAGCUAUUGCGAAAGAAUCGGGAGCUGUUUUUAUAAAUGUGAGGGUCUCUAAUCUGAUGAGCAAGUGGUUUGGUGAUGCACAAAAACUUGUGGCUGCUGUGUUUAGCUUGGCGGAGAAACUCCAGCCUGCGAUUGUUUUUAUCGAUGAGGUGGAUAGCUUUCUUGGCCAGCGAAGGUCUACGGGUAAUGAGGCGAUGGCGAUUAUGAAGACGGAGUUUAUGGCUUUAUGGGAUGGGGUUGCUACAGACAAGAAUGCGAGGGUGAUGGUUCUUGGUGCGACAAACAGACCUUCCGAGCUGGAUGAAGCGAUAUUGAGGCGUUUUGCUCAGGCGUUUGAGAUAGGGAUGCCUGAUUGCAAGGAGAGAGCUGAGAUACUGAGAGUUGUUUUGAAAGGAGAGAGGGUGGAGGAGGGUAUUGACUUUGAUCUUGUAGCGAGGUUGUGUGAAGACUAUACCGGGUCAGAUAUCUUUGAGCUUUGCAAGAAAGCAGCUUACUUGCCAAUCAGAGAGAUACUAGAGGAGGAGAGAAAGGGCAGGAAAAUUCCGGUUCCUAGGGCAUUGACACAAAUGGACUUGGAGAAGGUGCUUGCUACCUCAAAGAAAACUCAGGUUGCUGCAAGCGAGUACUCUGAUUCAAGGUUGCAAGGUUCGGUUUGGAGAAGGCCAAAGGAUAGCGACGAGGUACAAGCAGUUAUUAAUGGCAUCUCAAGGCUUUUAGUCUCUGGGAUGAUAAAUCAGCAGUGACUAACAAAGCUCAGAAAGCUUAAUUUCAAGUUUAGUGGCGAUUGCAUUCAGCUUCUCCAACAGAGUAUCAUACCUUUUAUUCAUGUCAUUAGACUCCUCCUCAUCAUCAUUGUCGUUAUUAAACCAAUCUGUUACAAGACGCUCUUCUUAUUCUUCUCCAGCAUUGCCACCUUGAACAUUGUAGCGUUUGAUAACUCCAUCAAGGUCGCAAGCAAGUGAGCAACGCAGAAGUGGUUAUUCAUUUACCAUUUCUUGUCCCUCAAUU